GUUUAAACAAUGUUUCAACUUUGCAAACUGUUGUUUCGUACUCUCACUACGCCUACCUUAAAGUAUUUCUGAUCUUGCUACUUUUCUUCUCUCAAAUAACGUGUUAAACUUGAACGUUGUUUCAGAGAGAAACUAAACUGGUCAGUCCAAUUGUCCUGUUUACUUCUUUUAUAAUUGUCACAAGACUCACAACCUCCCCCAACACACCACCACUGUGUGAUUUGUAGCAAGUGACAUGUAUCCUUUUCCACAACCAACCUCUCAGGUUGCAUUUUUUACACUAAAUGUAUCCUUCUCACUUGUUUCUUUAUAUGCCAAUCAUAUAAACAAGUAGCAUGUUCCCCCAGAUGCUGUAAAGCAUUCCUGUGUUCACACAAUCCAGGUUGAUUUUUCCUUUGAUCUAUCAAUCACCAUCUAUGUAUGUAGCUGAAGUGCAUAGUUCUUGAAGGGGUACAACUUAAAGAACGUUAUGUCUUUUAUGAGAAUCAUUUUCCUUUGUUAUCAUACACUUGUCUGUCUUUCUAAAAUUUCCUUGGCAGUUGAGUCCAUUUCUCAAGACCUGUCCCUAAGUGAUGAUGGCAAUGACACCACCUUAGUCUCCAAAGAUGGAACCUUUGAACUUGGAUUCUUCACCCCAGGAAACUCCCAGAAACGUUACCUGGGGAUUUGGUACAGGAAAAUCCCUAUUCAGACUGUGGUUUGGGUUGCAAACAGGCUCAAUCCAAUCAAUGAUUCAUCUGGCAUCUUGAGAAUGAACACCACCACUGGGAGCCUUGUCUUAACACAGAAUAAUACUGUUGUUUGGUCUACAACCUCUUUGAGAAAGCCAGAGAAUCCAGUGGCCAUUCUAUUAGAUUCUGGCAAUCUUGUGGUAAGAGAUGAGAGAGAUUCAAACCCUGAGGCCUACUUGUGGCAGAGUUUUGACUACCCAACUGACACCUUCUUACCUGACAUGAAGUUUGGUUGGAACUUGAGAACUGGUUUAAAUAGGAACAUAACUGCAUGGAAGAGUCCUGAUGAUCCAUCUCCUAGUGACUUCUCUUUUGGUAUGGUGUUGCAUAACUAUCCUGAGGCCUAUAUGAUGAAGGGGGACCAAAAGUUCUACCGAAGUGGACCAUGGAAUGGCUUGCAUUCAAGUGGUUCACCACAAGUAAGGGCCAACCCCAUUUAUGACUUCAAGUUUGUUUUCAACAAGGAUGAAGUUUACUACACAUACAAUCUUAAGAACUCGUCUAUGAUCUCAAGGCUGGUGUUGAAUGGAACAAGCUACGUUCGUAGGCGUUAUGUGUGGAUUGAAUCAAAGAAAAGAUGGGAGGUCUACACAUCAGUGCCAUUGGACUUGUGUGACAGCUAUGCCCUUUGUGGAGCUAAUGCAAAUUGUGUUAUUUCAGAUUCACCAAUUUGCCAAUGCUUGAAAGGGUUCAAUCCCAAGUCACCUCAGUCAUGGAACUCAAUGGAUUGGUCUCAUGGAUGUGUCCGAAAUAAGGAAUUAAGCUGUGAGGAUAAGCACAAAGAUGGAUUUAUCAAAUUAACUGAGCUGAAAACACCUGACACUACACAUACUUGGCUGGAUCAGACAAUUGGGUUAGAGGAAUGCAGAGCUAAGUGCUUGGAUAACUGUUCUUGUAUGGCUUAUGCGAAUUCUGAUAUCAGUGGAGAAGGAAUUGGCUGUGCCAUGUGGUUUGGUGAUCUAAUUGAUAUUAGACAGUUUGCAGCAGGAGGGCAGGACCUAUAUGUUCGAAUGGAUGCUUCAGAGUUAGAACAUGCCAUUGAGGGUCACAAGAAGGGGGGAAUCAUAGUGGCAGUGAUGGUUUCUUUGGCUGUGGCAGUGGUUUCUGGCAUACUAAUAUUACUUGGCUGGUGUUAUAGAAAGAAAUCACGCACUAUUGUAAAAGAGAGAUUAGACUUCAGUAUCAAAGCAGAUAAAAACAGUGGAAUGCAAGUGGACGAUAUGGAUCUACCAGUCUUUGACUUGUCAACAAUAGCUAAAGCCACUAGCAACUUUACAACCAAGAACAAAAUUGGAGAAGGUGGUUUUGGACCUGUAUAUAGGGUAAUUUAUGGGCUGGAAAUUGCUGUGAAGAGGCUUUCAACAAGCUCAGGACAAGGAUUGACUGAAUUCAAGAAUGAAGUAAAAUUGAUUGCAAAACUUCAACACCGUAAUCUUGUAAAGCUUCUUGGAUGUUGCCUUGAAGGAGAGGAACAAAUGUUGGUCUAUGAAUACAUGCUUAAUGGUAGCCUGGACUCAUUUAUUUUUGAUGAACAAAGAAGAGAAUCACUAGACUGGUCAAAGCGCUACAAUAUUAUAUGUGGAAUCGCCAAGGGCCUUCUUUAUCUUCAUCAGGAUUCUAGACUAAGGAUCAUUCAUAGAGAUCUCAAAGCAAGUAAUGUUUUACUUGAUAGUGAGUUGAAUCCCAAAAUUUCAGAUUUUGGCUUGGCUAGAAUUUUUGGUGGAGAUCAGAAAGAAGGAAACACAAAGAGAAUAGUAGGGACUUAUGGUUACAUGGCACCUGAAUAUGCAACUGAUGGACUAUUUUCGGUGAAAUCUGAUGUUUUCAGCUUUGGAGUUUUAUUGAUGGAGAUUAUAUCUGGGAAGAGAAGUAGAGGAUAUUAUAAUCAGAACCACAUCCAUAAUCUCAUAGGCUAUGCAUGGAAACUAUGGAAAGAAGGAAGAACACUAGAACUGAUUGAUAAAAGCAUAGAACACUCUAGUUUUCUAUCACAAAUGUUGCAUUGCAUUCAUGUGAGUCUCUUGUGUGUUCAACAGCAUCCAGAGGAUAGACCUGGAAUGUCUUGUGUGCUUCUAAUGUUAGUGAGUGAGCUUGAAUUGCCUGAGCCAAAAGAGCCAGGAUUCUUUGGAAAAUAUUCAGGUGAAGCAGAUUCCUCCACAAGUAAGCAGAAACAAGGUUCGACAAAUGAAAUAACCAUUACCUUAUUAGAAGCCCGUUGAUAUUCUUUGCCAGUCACAUCCAUCAUCCACCUUGCAUAGAUAUGCAUAAUAUUGUAUUAAAUUAACUCAAGGUCUAGGACUAUAUUCUCUCUCACUCUUUGAUGGAAUUCAAGAAGAAUUAGAAGGCUUAAACUCAUAUAUUUUAUUCAUACUUGUAACCUUUUAAAUACAUAAUUGAAAGUUGAUACAAAUUCUGCUCAUAAACAUAAAAUUAAAUGACAAAUAUAAAUACUCAUAAAAGUGUAACAGCACCUAUAAUUCCUAUAAUUAAAAAAUCAUAACCGUAAAAAUUCUAAUAAUGCUCCAUUAAUAUGAAAUAAACUCAAAUAAUAGAUGCUGAUUCAGAUUCUCAACACUCCUCCUUGAAUCAGUAGCUAUUAACUCGAAAUUUCCCUCUCAAGUUCUCAAACUUUCCUUUUGGAAGUGCCUUUGU